AUGCCUUCAUCAAAAAUCAUUCGAGACAAACAGAAAGCGACACAUGAAACUGCCUCUGUCAACAAGCCAUUCACCACUAAUAAACAUGACAAUACGGCUAACUCUGGAAAUAUCAAUAUGAGUGGGAUUACGAAUCACACCAAUAAGAAUUAUAAUAAUAAUAAUAAUUUUAUCAAUGAUGACAGUAAUAAUAAUAAUAACAAUAGUGCUGAGGAUAUAAGUAGUCAAAGUAGUAAUAGUAAAACAAAAUCUGAACUAACCAAUCAGCAUCAGCAACAACAGCAUAGCCAAUUGAAACCCAGUCAAAUUUAUUAUGCUCUAAAGCGUAACAGUAAAACAAGCAGAAAUACAAUACUUCAUGAUAAGAGUGAUAAAAUUAAUCUUUUUACCAAAAAACAAUUGAAUCAUAAUAAUAAUAUAAAGACAUCUACACAUACAAAUACAAAUAUGAAUACAACAAAAUUGCCUAAAUUAAUUAAAUCUACAGAAGGUGGUGAUUGUACAUCUGAAGUAUCUGAAGGAGAAAAGAUGGACAAAACGAGCUCAUCAUCAUCUAAAGAAUUAAAUCCAAUUAUCCGGAAUGCUUCAACCUUACCAAGAACUGGAAAUUCAACGAUCACUUCAUCAUCAUCAUCAUCGCCAUCAUCAGUUAAUAAAGACGGAUAUCAUACAAAAUUCACUGUAGUGAAUGGACAAACGCUUUCACCGACCUCUCAACAAAACAACAGCACUAAUAAUUAUAAUAAUAAUAAUGUGAGAAACGGGACUAUGGAGCCCCAUACUAUUACUACUACUACUAAUGCUCACAAUAAUAUUAGUAAUCAAAAAUCUUUUAUACCAGUUUAUCGUGGUAACUUCACAGAAAACACGCCUAGCACAGUCAAUACUUCAAGCAUAUUAAUACUGCAGAAUAACCAUAUCAGUCCUAAGAUAAAUGAGAAUAGCAAGUGGGAAGUGAAUGAGCCUAUGAAGAACAAAGACACUGAUGAAAGUUAUAAAUAUAUCAGAAAUAUUAAAAGUACUUCAGUGAAAAAUUUAACUCAACCCACUUAUGGAUAUAAUCAGAACAAUAAAAUAACCUAUGGAAAUAAUAAUAAUAAUAAUGAAAUUCACUCACCACUCUUGAAUAAAUCAUCUAUUGCAAUGGGUGAAAACUUGGACUCUCCAUCAACAACGGAUAUUUCUAAUUUCUCUGAAGAAAUUAUGCCUAAUGAAGUCUAUUUACGACCAAAAAUAACAAUUAUUCGUGAAAAUAAUAGCAAUAAUAAUAGUAAUAAUAUUAAAACUAAUUCCUAUCCUAAAUUGCCAACAUCAUAUGAGUCAAGCAAUCAAAAAAAGAAUGUACAAUUUCGUCAUUCUAUGAUUAAUCCAAAUCUUAUUACUGUCAGUCAAUCACCACAAGUGAAUUUAUCAACUGAAAGUUUAUCUCAUGGUAAUAAUGCUACUACUCAAAGUAACAAUUCAAGUAGUAAUAAUAUUUCUUAUAAAAUAAAUCAACCAACAUUAUACAGUUUUGAUAAGGCAGGGAAGUCAACACCACAUAUAGAAAUCGAGAGUGAAGGAUCUAAUUCACGAUUGCAUAAUAUACAUGAAGUUAAUGAAAUCUAUUGGAGAAAUAUUAAUGAUAUGCCAGAGAAACAAUAUAAUUCAAAUGAAGAGUUGACAAUAGAUGCUUCAGACUCAGAAAGGAUGAUACAUAUCGGUAAUAACAAUAAUAAUAGGAAUAAUGAUAAUAUGAAUGAAAAUUAUAACAACAUCCGGAUGCCUAAUUCUUAUAAACACUAUGGACAUUAUAAAUCUACACCGAAUAUUAAUACACCAUUGGUGACAAGACGUAGACCGCUGCCACAGUUGACAAAAGUCAAUGAAGAAUAUGUGACGCAUAUAGCAAGACCGCUGAAACCAGAAUUUACGCAUAAUACUAAUGGUAAUAUCAUCUCAUCAAGUGAAUGUGAUCUACACAAUCUGCCGACUAGUGAGAAGUUGAAUCAUCGUAGAUAUAGUGAAGAGGAUCCAUUACAGCAGAUUAAGACGCAUGGUAGUCAACAAAGCCUACUUCAUCAAACAUACAAUCGGCAUUCAUAUCAUCCGUCAUCACAAACCAACUAUCCAAAUGGUGAUAUAGGCAUUGAUCAGAAUAAUAAUAAUAGUUUGCUUUCGACAAGUCGAACUAACAGUUAUGAGAAGAUAACUAACAAUACAGGAGGUGAUCAUCUAUUGAAUGGAAGUACUGUUCAACCUGUGAUUAUGCAAAGGCAUCACCCAUCACAUCAUGCUCAGUUACGAAAAAUCAGCAAUACUAAUACAAAGGUGUUAUGUGAGAACUAUGAAAAUUUAUGCGAUCAGUGUACUACUCCCGUACAUGGGACAACAUUUUCACCUGCUAACCCGGCUGGAAACAACUGGAAAAGUCAUUUAGGCCUUUACGCUUCAGAUGAGACAUUAACGCAUAGUAUGCAGGCAUCAACUAAUGGUGGAUAUGAGAGAAUAAAUGGUCAUUUGAAUAAUUCACAGGCAUCAUUUCACACCAGUGGAUAUGAUGAUACUACUUCUACUACUACUGCAAAUAAUCACUCAAAUAAAAUAAUAAUAAUUACUACAUUGAUAUCAAAUCGAAUGGUGUCUAUCUGUACAAAUUGUAAUUACAAUACUUAUCCUAAUACCAGUAUUAGUAACAACAACAAUAACAAUAUAGAUAAUCAUAUGCCUAUGUACAACGAUCCAUAUGGAAUACGUUCUGUAACACCAAGUGCAUUCAGCAAAUAUGAACCAUAUAGUCAACAUGUUUAUCAUACUGUGACUGGUGCCAGUAUGACUGGUAAUAGUCAUGGUCAUAGUAAUAAUAAUAAAGGCGAAUUAUUUUUAUAUGAUUAUCGAUGUAGUGAUGAAAUUGCUAGGAAAACAGGCACAUGGACUUGUACAGAAAGAGAAAUGAAGUGA